AUGCUCCCGCCGCCGCCGCCGCGCCAGCCGCCGCCGCCGGCGCGCACGGCCCGCAGCGGGGUGCGGCUGCAGCGGGCCUUCCUGCGCGGGCCGCUGGGCGUGCUGCGGGCGCUGCAGCUGCUGGCCGGCGCCGCCUUCUGGGUCACCAUCGCCACCAGCCGGUACCAGGGCCCCGUGCACUUCGCGCUCUUCGUGUCCGUGCUCUUCUGGCUGCUCACCCUGGGCCUCUACUUCCUCACGCUGCUGGGCAAGCACCCGCUGGUGCCCGUGCUGGGCUCGCGCUGGCUCGUGGUCAACGUGGCGCACGACCUGCUGGCGGCCGCGCUCUACGGCGCCGCCACGGCCAUCAUGAUCGACCAGACGCAGCGGCACAGCUACUGCAACCUCAAGAACUACCAGAUGCCCUGCGCCUACCGCGCCUUCCUGGCCGCCGCCGUCUGCGGGGGCCUCUGCCUGGGCCUCUACCUGCUCUCGGCGCUCUACGGCUGCUGCCGCCGCUACCAGGGCGAGCAGGAGGUGGCGUGA